AGGAACCAGGUCUACAGCAGACGGCUGCAGGUCUACAGGCAGACAGCUGCAGGGUAUAUAAGAGCACCUAGGAACCAGGUCUACAGCAGACGGCUGCAGCAGACACACAGCAUGGCUCAGAAGACGGCCCUGAUCGUGUACGCCCACCAGAGUCCGGCUUCGUUCAACGCCGCGGCGCGUGACGUGGCGAUGCAGGCGCUGGCGGCCCAGGGCUACCGGGUCCUCCUGUCAGACCUGUACGCCAUGGACUUCAGAGCCAGCGCCACCCAGGACGACAUAAUCGGGGACCUGAAGACUCCGGAGCAUUUCAAGUAUGGAGACGAGACCAUGAGCGCCUGGAAGGAGGGCCGCCUCAGCGACGACAUCGUAGCCGAGCAACGCAAAGUCGAGGAGGCCGAGCUCGUCAUCUUCCAGUUUCCUUUGUACUGGUUCAGCGUGCCGGCCAUCAUGAAGGGCUGGAUGGACCGGGUGCUGACACAAGGCUUCGCUUACUCCCUGACAAACAUGUACGAUAAUGGUGUGUUCAAGCAAAAGAAAGCGAUGUUGUCUUUCACUACUGGAGCUAUGCAGACGAUGUUCAAGCCCGAUGGGAUCAAUGGAGACAUCAACAUCACUCUGUGGCCUCUACAGAACGGCGUUCUCCACUUCUGUGGAUUUCAAGUUCUCGCACCUCAGAUAUUUUGGAGUCCGGCUCACUGCCCCCCCGCCGUGCGGACCGCGAUGCUGGACGGGUGGCGAGCCCGAGUCAAAGGCCUGUUGCAUGAACGGCCUUUGACCUUCGCCCCGUGUGAGCUCUUUGACCUCAGCUUCCAGGGGGGGUUCAGGCUGAGGCCCCCGGUGAGGGAGGACCGAGAGUCCCGGGCGUACGGCAUCACCACGGGACACCACCUGGGGAAGCCGCUGCCGCCUGAUAACCAGAUCAAAGCUCAUCCAGACCCCCGCAGCUAGAUCCGAUCCUCUUUGUUCUCAUGUUACAAUAUCACUUGUACAACAAUAAAUGGGUUUUGAUAAAUUCUUCAUGUUCACUGAAGCUGAAAUCAUUUUUUAACCCCUUGUGUUGUCCUCUUUCAAAGGGUUUUAUAUCAGAAAUAUGGAUUUCUUUCAACCAAAUUGCCCAAAAACAACAUGGAUGAUUCCGUAUGACAUUCUUCAGGUGACAUUGAUGAUUACUUUCAUGGAUUUUU